UCACCGUCACCUUGGCGACUCCUUGCACUUUGGAGAUCCGGUUGCAGUUCAGGGGAAGGGGAGAAAGAGAAGCCUUUUCAGGCCCAGUGUACAUAAGGAAAUGGUCCUUCACUUCUUUUUCUGAGGAAAUGGACACAUUUGGCUCUAAGUUCCAGCAGAAGGCUCUGAAGCAACCUAAGCAGAAGAAAUCCGAGUCGGCUGAAUUUCUGAUGGGAGAAGACGAGAGAGCCGCUGCGGAAGGUAUUGAAAACCCAGCUUUCGAUGGCAGGGAUGGGGACCUUUCGGCUUAUCACGCUCUGGGAAGUCAAGAAAUUGAACGUGACAAGCAGGAUAGCACCCUUGCAGCUCAGAAACACAAAAUGGAGCUGCAAGCCCCUGCCGAACCAAGAGGAAAUGAAUGCGCCCGAAAUUACUUUGACCCGCCGAUGGCGGAGGAAACCAACCCAAGGCAGUGCAGGAUGGAGGUCGGCACGGAAGAUGAGCUGGAAUUAAAACUUAUGAGAGAGGGUGAACAAGAACUUUAUUACAAGAUGUCAGUGAUGCUGACUGAAGAUGACACUACGACCAUCAUAGAUUUACCAGGUACAGCGCUCCCAGAUGAGGAGGCGGAGGUGAAGAUGGAGGUGACGGCGCGAGGCGCAGCUCUUCUCCCUGCUCCCCCGGGCCGCGGGCGGGCCGCCCAGGAGGAGCCGGUCCCCUGUUACGCGGAGCGGCUGAAGGAGUGUGUGCGGGGUGACGUGAUCGCUCUUGGCAGCCUUUCACCGGAACAGAAUGCGCACUCCGUGAUGCAGAAAGGGAUGUCGCAGGAAGCGGAGCGAGAGGAAAAGAAAAGACUAAUGUCCUUCUUAAGGGGAAAUGCAGAGGAAUUUAAUACACACAGAGAUCUUCACCAGCAAGAACAGAUAUUGCAUGACAAGCUUCACGCAGCUUUUCAACGAGCAGAGAGUCAGUUGCUGAAGGCGCUGCGCAAACGCAAAGGUGAAGUGAUCGCCAAAUAUGGCACCAUGGCCGAAGUCACGGCGCCGCCAGACAGGGAGCAUGGACUUCACUGGCAGGUGGAGUGGAGCCGGACCCCGCAGCCCGUGGAGAUCCACCUGCUCUGUCUGCGAGCCGUCAGGGACAAGCUGCCCAGGGGCCACUACGCGGUGAGCGUGGCCCUCCACGCCCGCCUGGGGGGCCGCGCCCUCCGCUGGUCCCGGCUGAAGGAGCGCCCGUGGGCCGGGACCACCGAGCGCGUGGAGCACCGGGGCCGAUUCCACGACGCGGAGCUGCGCCUCGAUCAAAGCGUCUCCACCGUCCUGCCCGCGUCGAGCGACGUGGUGCCGUCGAUGGUCCUGCAGUUCCGCCUCCUCUCCUUUCCCGGGGAGCGCAGUCACGUCAGCACCGUGGCGGCCUGGGGCGCCUUCCCCGUCUGCGGCUGCGGCUUCGACAUCGUCCAGGGGAAGUUCAGAACCCCCCUCCUGAGGGGCGAGCGGGCCCCGGCGCUCGACCAGUUCCGCAAGGUGGAGGAGCUGAUGUCGUCCGACCUGGACAACUGGUUGUGCAACCUGUACUUUCAGGUAAAGAAGCUCCCUCGAGGUGCCUCCGACGGGGCGGAGUACAGCGUGGCCCUGGAGGUCCCCUCCCAAUCCCAGCCGUGCGCGGGUGGCGCCCAGGGGCGCGGCUGCGGGACCGUGGAGCCCCAGCCCCAGGGGUCCCCGCUCAGCCUAUCCGCGCGCUCCAGGUGCUCCUCCGCGUCACUGCGAGGAAAGGAUUCGAGUCAAGUGAUCCCAGAAAAUGCAGAGCGGGCGAGCGGUGCCUUCCCAGUGAAAGGAGACACUGGAAUGUACUACAAGAAGAAUCAAAGCCCAAAGAUCAGUGGCUCAAACCCAUGUCUGAAAGUAAACAUGCCACCUCUUCAGUGUGGCAAACAGGAAAUGAUCUCUGUUGAGGAGCUGGAGGAGUACACAUUCUCCCUACAGCCUCAGCAGUCCUGCGGCAGGCGGGCCGGCGGAGCGGCUGCUGAGCACACACAUUUGGCUCUCCGCAUGUUCCUGUCAGAGCUGGGCCUGUCACAGUGGCGCUCUCCAGAGUUCUGCUUCAUUAUGCUGCUCCUCGCUUUGAUCUGGUUUGUGAGGCUCUACCUGCAUUACUGCAGCCAAUGGCUCUUCCUCCAGGCCAUCGCAGUUCCUGUCAACAAAUUCCGGUUCCAUCUUCACACUGUGGAACUCGUCUACCAGAAUUCCUUGCUUCAUACCCGCGAGGAGUUGGCGAUGGUCGUGAUCGGACCUCUGACCUUGAAUGCAGUUACGUUACUUCUGGUUCUGAUCAGAUGGGGCUGUCAGCUAAUAUUUAGCUCAUUCCCUUCCUUCUUGUCAAAGUUUAUCAUGGCUCUGGGAGUGUGGACAGUGCUCGACCCUCUGGCAGUCUUUGCUGUGGAUGCAAUCCUGGGGCGGCUGGCCUACAGUGCCGAGCAGCCCAUGGCAGACGCCGCCAAGCUGUACUGGCACUUCCACCGAACUGAGAACUCAGGCGCGCCGGGGAUACUGAUAACACUCUUCCUCUACACCGUACUCUUCCUCUGCUCCAUCACCAUCCUCUACAUCUACUUUUUCAGGCUACACAAUGACGGCCGCAUGCUUGACGUCUUCCAGCGCUUGCACUCUAAAGAGGAAGCCUUCUUCAUUCCACAUGAUCUGGAGUUGUCCAACCAGGAGCUGAGCUACAUUGUGAAGAAGGCUGAGCAGUGGAGAGGAUUCAAUGGCGAGAGGAGGAAGGUGGCAGUGUACGACUACAUCUGGAUGGAGGACCCCUCGGCGGGCCGUGCCACCUCCAGCUGUGACCCCCAGCACGGCGCCGGGCCCUCUGGAGCCACGCCUGGCCGCGGGGAGACCAGCACGCGCGUGUCUGUCUACACCCUGCACCUCAGCGGGCUGAGAGAGCAGCACCGGCACUUCCUCAGACAGCCUGACGGGGCCAUCGUGGAGGUGACGGGUAAUGUGGACAGUGCAGAGCCUCCUGUGAGUGUGAUCGCCUGUCCGGGGAAGAGGCCACAGAAGGAUGCUCAGACGUGCUCAUCGGACCAGCUCAGGGAGAGGAAGAAGAAGAAGGCUGCAUGGCGUUCCCACAGGGUUGAGCCAGCAGGGAGAAGCUGCAGUGAGUCUGGGGCGGCGCCCAAACACCUCAGCCUUUGAUCUGGCGCCGAGAGGAUUCCAGUCCCCGCAAACAAAAAAAACCACCGCCUCGGCUCCAAUUACGCCACGCCAUCCGCGCCGCGGCGCAAACCGCAGUUGAUCACUCCCCGUCAUGUUAAAAAUAAUUGGCCCGGCGCUAUAUUUCUGCAGUGUUUGGGAAAUGAGGACUGCGCCGAUCGAUCGGGAUUCUAAAGCCUUUUCAUCAUGUGUCCGCACCGAGGGCAUUGAUCAGUCUGAAAACACUGUAACCUGUAAACUGCUAAUGGAGGAACACAGGUAAAUCACGUCUUCCGAAUAAAUCACUGAAUAUAAUGCGGGCCCAUGCCCCGAAACAGAGGUGUAGAGAGAGAAUCCCAACAGCAGUGAGGUGUAGUGUAAACCAGUAUAAAAUAUACUGUACAGGCAAGAAGCAUAAAUAUGGCGAAUGGGAAGGCCAUUCAUUACCCAAUAAACAAUGUAAAUUAAUGAUUCCAUUAGAAAAUUAAUGAGGGUCAUUAGGUCUUCAUUGCUGCCCCAACAAAAUGAAAAAUGAAGAUUCUAAAAGUCACUAAUCAGAGGGGCAGUGAUAAAAUAUCAAUAUUGGGCACACAUUAAGCUGGAUAAUAUUCAGGCUGGCUUGAUUUGUAUUGAAUAUGUGUCUGGUGGCUGGGCCUUGGCAUAAUGAACUAGCCCACAAAUCACUGCUUAAUGGGAGCCUACUUAUACAUAUUGCUUAAUUAAAGGUUGUGAGCUUAUUAACAUGUGUCUUUGGCAUCGAGCACCGGGGAUGUAAUCUGUGCAUACAGGACCAGGUUGUAAAGGUUUUAUAGAUAGCCUAUCAUAUUAAACUCAUUGUUUAAUCCCCAAUCUUAAUAACCUGUCAUUUUCAUUGAUGAUCCUUCAUUUUACGGUGGUCAUUAUAGCCGAAUUUCUGUAGUGGGAACACUUUUUGGGACUGUCAACCAGAGUGAUCGUUAUCUCAUACUUUUUGGACUGAAGUUUUUUCUUACCCCUACCUGUAUAAACCAUCACUCCAGUGACUGCAGUGCUGUGUGGGGAAAAUUACAGGUAACUUCAGAGUAAUAUUCCUUGCGACCAUGCUUGCUUAUCUUGGAAAGAAAGGAUGAAAAAUCGGUUUUGAAUAAUUCAUUUUUUUUAACAGCUGUCAACGUGUAACCUAAGUGUGAAACUGUCUGUGAUGCAGCAGCUGAUAUUGUGGGAUGCACAACUACUUGUAUUUGUAUUAAUCUUGAAAGCGAUAGCUGAAGCCUCAGAAAUUGGGCUUUUCAGUGGGAGUGUCUGAGGGAUGCUCAGUGCAGAUACUCAGUUUGAAUGCUCUGUCAUGCUCUGACCAGCACCACCAGCUUGCUUCACAAGCAAUUCAUACAUUUCUUCAUUAACUGUAAUGAUGUUACAUCUAUAAUCAUGUCAGUUCUGUUGUGAAUGCUGGCCACAAGACUAUGCCAUGGAUGGAGCAUGGAACACUUUUUUUUCUUUUUUGGGGGGGGGCGUGUGAAGGUGACAAGACAAUAAAUAAAUGUAGAUUAGUAUCACCUGACUUGUGUAAACGUGCCAGUAUACUCAAAGCAAAAUUCGGAACUGGAACUGGUUCCAACUGUGUGCAACUAGUCCAUUCGAAUAUCACAUACUUGGUUGCGUCAUGGUUGACCAGCCGAGGACAACGGAGUUCAACAGAGUUUGUCAAAUAAAAGAUGGGGAAACUAGUAAGCUAUUAUCUUUUAUUUGGCUACCUUUCAAUCCAAACGAUUUAUCCUUUGUUUGAAAAAUGAGGUAAAAUUUUCCUCGAUUUCAUUCUUAUAUCAUGGCGAACACAUCGGAUUGGACACCAGUUCCUGAAAUCUCAUGUAUCCCGUGUAGAUAUGACCAUUGUCAUCGUGACUGCCUUUUGAGAUGAAUACUUUGGAACAAAGAGUUGCUGAACUCUUAUAUGGUCAUCUUUAUGAUCCAUCACUCAGAGAUUUUACAGACAAUGAAAUGUGCUCAAAUUCUUGGCACGAAAUUUGGGUGUCAACAGAGAUAUUUUUUGCUAAGUAUGGUGUCAAUGACGCCAUUGUACAAAACAACCUGAAAAAAUCUGCACAACUAAUUUGUUUUAUUACAGAUUUUGACAUAAAACAAAGGACAUGGAGUUCUUAUUGAGUAUACUGACUAUGGAGUGUACUGCCCACUUCAGGAUGUUUCACUUGUUGGGGCAGUGGCCAUGAAAAGUUGUUGAACAGUAUGAGCUGUGAUUCUUUUACUUGUGUUCCAAACCAGGAAUCCUGCAUGGAUCGUCAUGCACUCUGCGAGCCGUAUGGCCUUUGCACACAGAUGCUGUUGUUGUACUGUCACGCGUCAAGUGCAGGGCCCAUCGAAGGUAUCACUUAGCACAGAGAUAUUGAAAAUGGCAGAAAGAUGCUCCCUCAGUGGCUGCAGAAGUGAUGAGAUGAGAUUUUUUAUUAAUCCUUCACAGCAAUCCUUCACUGCUCAUCCGGUGUAAGAGGUGCAGAAAUGUGGAGAGACUUGUCCACUCACAUCAAGGCACCAUUAUAAACCCCCCACAGUGACUGACUGAAGCAAUAUUUCAAAAUAUAUUCAGUUUGAGGAUUUUUUUUUAUUUAUAUGUAAAUAUCCUUUACAUAUAUCAUGUUGAAUUUGAGCAUUUGGGAUAAAACAAAAAGAACUUCAAUAAAUUUUAUUUUCACAAGAAAUUGUAUCAUAUCUAUCAGAUUUUGUUUCCAAAAUUGACAGAUUACUGUUGCCCUGCAUUUCCAGAUAAUGGGCUCUAAGCAAUAAUGGCAGCUGCUGUGUGUAUCCUUUGCUGGUUUGCAACAGUGAUAUGUAAGCAUACUGGAAUCGUGCAAUUUUAUGCACUUGCUGGGCAAAGAUAUUGGUUUGUCAACAUCUACCGUUUGUUAUGGCUGCUGUAUGAUUUAGGGCUAGUAUUAGAAAUGAAAGACAUCAUAUUCACAUAAACAUCUUCUUCAUGUGUCUACAUUUAUCCAUGUAAAUAAACCAGAAAAUAAUUAAUGGAACAAAAUCAACUGGUAGAUACGAGAUUAUUCAUUGAUUAAUUGAUUAUUAAUUUAUAUUAAGGAUUAUUAAUUUUUAUUUUGGCAUUUUAAAUAGGAUUUACUAUGUUAAUCAAACCAUUUAAGCUUCA